GAAGCCGUGGUAAUUACAGGAAAAGGCGAAAGACGAUCGUCUAGCCGAGGAGCAGACAAUGUGCGGCGGAUACCGUGAAGCAGCAGAACUGUGUCUACGAUAGCACAACACGGUGGCCCCGAAUUAGUCACGAAAUUUCCCCGUGCUGCAUCAUCGUCGGCCGUCAUUGCGGCAGAAGGCAGCAAAAACUAAACAACAGCAACAACAACAAACAAGCCAUCCGUGGCACCUACUACGAUGGAAAACCGUCCCCCACCGAGCAGCAGUGGCAGCAGCCAUCGGAUAACUCCGAAUGAUUUCUACUUCGGCAAGCUGCUGGGCGAGGGAAGCUUCAGCUGCGUGUAUUUGGCCAAAGAGGUGCGAACAUCGAAGAAAUACGCGGUCAAGGUGUGCGAGAAGCGGUUGAUCCUGCGCGAAAAGAAACAGGAGUACGUGAAGCGCGAACGGGAGGUGCUCAACCGGCUGAGCGGACGGCCCGGCUUCCUGGGGUUGUACUGCACUUUUCAGGAUCGGACUAGACUGUACUUCGUGAUGACGUAUGCCUGCAACGGGACGCUACUGUCGCUGUUGUCGCGACCCUCCUUCACGCUGGAUUGUGCCCGGUUCUAUGCGGCCGAAAUACUGCUCGCGCUGGAGAUAAUGCACGAUCUCCAGAUCCUGCACCGCGACAUCAAACCGGAAAAUAUUCUGCUCGAUCAGCACAUGCACGUGCUGAUGGCGGACUUUGGUUCCUCGAAGCUCGACUACGAGGACCUGGAACCCGAAACGGCGCGCCAACAGCAGCAGAACCACAACAGUGCGGAGCAGUCCGAUGUUUCCUCCUCGCCUACUAUGUCGUCCGCCCGAAAGCACGCCGAACAGGUGCUGGGAGCGAAGGGAGCAAAAGAUCUUCAGACGGACACCAACGAGGACGAAGACGACAGUGACGAGACGGAAGAGCGCUAUCCGGCGACGCGGGGCGCCAAGCGGCGUAGCUUUGUCGGCACGGCACAGUACGUGUCGCCGGAAAUCCUCAAAGGCACUCCGUCCUCACCUGCCUCGGACCUGUGGUCGUACGCGUGCACCGUGUACCAGAUGGUGUGCGGUGUGCCGCCGUUCCGGGCCGCGUCGGAGUAUCUGAUUUUUCAGAAAAUCCUCCGCUGCCAGGUGCACUACGGCGAAGGCUUCGAUCCGGUCGCGAAGGACCUGGUGACACGCCUGCUACAGAUCGAGCAGUGCAAACGGCUCGGUGCGCACGAUCAACCACGCUACUGCACGCUGCGGGCACACCCGUUCUUCCGCGGGGUCAGCUUCGAACAGUUGCGCAGCACGCCGGCCCCGAUGGCACCCUCCGAGGACUCAGUAUUACACGGGGAGACGGUCGUGGCCAACGCGGCCAACUACUUCCCUGAAGGCAUGAAGCCCGGCCUGGAUGAUCGGCAGAUUACGCGCUUGCUCGACUUCAAGCUGGCCGAUCUCGAAGUGUCCGACGACGACACCGACGGAAGCGGCGAGGAAAGCGGAGGAGGGUCCAAAGUGGCCCCUGCGAAAGCGGUCCGCAGCACCGUCGGGACGGCAUCCCUAAAGCUGACGAAAUCGUUCACCGAAGGCACGGCGAUCGAUGGCAGCAAGCACGACAGUGGCACGUUGGCCGUGUGGGAACCGUUCACCGAGGGCGAACGGAUCCUCAAGUACGGCUUCGUGCAUAAGCGGAAGGGACUGUUCGCGAGGCGGCGCAUGUUUCUGCUCACCACCGGCCCAAGACUGAUCUACAUCGAUCCGGUGAACAUGGUGAAGAAGGGCGAGAUCCCCUGGACGCCCGUGCUGUCGGUGGAGGCGAAAAACUUUAAAACGUUCUACGUACAUACGCCCAACCGCACCUACUACCUAGAGGACCCCGAAGGCUUCGCGCUGAGGUGGUGCGAUUGCAUCAACGAGGUCCACCGGAAGGCGUUUUUGAACAGAGUACAGCAGCAGAACGGCGGUACUUAAAAAUGGCGGUGCUGAAGGCGUUUAAUUUGUCCGUUUUCAUAAAUCUUUCACUCUCAUUUUCUGUGUAUGUAAAUUAGUAGUAGGAUAGGACACGCCGCGGGAAACGGGCGUUUGACGACGCGAGCUUGCGUUCAUAGCGGCCGUUUUGAAUAAGAAAUUGCUAGGAACAUUGAGGAAUAGAUCAUUCAAUGCACCCGCUACACGCUACUCGCGGCCGACAA